AUGCCUCCUGCUAAGAAGAAGCGGGGCGACUGGAAGAAGGGCGACUGGAAGCAGUGGUGUCGUAAGAAGUGCAGCGUCAGGCUGGUGCUGGGCUACGUGGCGCCCCUGCUCCUGACGCCGGCGGCAGUCGCCAACAGCAACAUGGUGUGGUGCCUGUCGGUGGGUCUGCUGAUGGUCGCGUGGACUCUUUUGGGCACGGUGCCGGUGCCAAUCACCUGGCUGCUCCCCUUCUUCGUCCUUCCCCUGGCUGGCGUCACCUCCGUCUCGGACCUCGCCGACAUGUUCAUGGAGGACAGCCUGGUGAUCCUGCUGCUCGGCAUGAACUUGCUGGUGGCCGCUGGCGAGGAGACGGCGCUGUGCUCGCGAGUCGCACUAUACGUGAUCGACGCGUUCGGCCUGCGCCUGCGCGGCAUCCUUCUCGGCAUCACGGGCGUCACCUUCCUGUCGGCGCAGCUCCUGAUGGGAGGCUCCGCCACGCUGCUCAUGUGCGCCGUCGUCGAGGCCACCAUGUUCGAGCUGCAGCACGACCUCAUCGCUGCGACCAUCGCGCACGGCAGGCGCCGAAACGUGCGCACCACCGUCGGCGAGGACGUGGUGAUGACGCCCGUGCACGUGAUGAUCAUCUCGCCCCGCAAGACGCCCUCUAGCGGCAGCUCCAUCGACGACGAUGACGAAGAGGACGACGACACGGACAGCAGUGAGGACGACGAGGAGGGCGAGCUGCGGCCCCGCGUCCUGGUGCCCUCCAUCGCGCCCUUCGACGCCCGAAACCCGGGCGCCUACUACCAGCUGCACGGGAGCGUGCCCGACGACCCGAGAUACAUCGUUGGCAUGGACGCCGUCAUACCAGAGAUUGACCAAAAUGCAGAUCCCAACGCGCCGAAGAAGAACCCCAUACUGAAGCAUCGAAACACGUCCAAGAUGUUCCUUUUGGAAGCGCACCGGUUCCACAAGAUCAAGAAGGCGCUGCUGAUCAACGUGGCUCACACAAGCGCAGUGGGCUGCAUGGCCAGCAUUUUGGGCAGCACGUCGGGCAUCUACCUCCGGGACUACUUCCACUUCACGUACGGUUACGACGCCGUGACCGCGCUCUCGUGGACGCUGCUGGGCCUGCCCGUAGCCACUGUGUCCGUCCUGCUCUGCGCCUUCAUCACCUACUUUCUAUUCCUGCGGGCAUACGACAUCCAGGAAGACGGCGACACCCUGAAGGUCAUCGCCGAAAUCAUCAGGAAGAAGCGGAAGUUUCUGGGCAAGCUCACCUGUAAGGAACGAAUCCUGGUGGCAUCCAUCGGCGCGCUGUUCGUUUGCUGCAUCGCCAUCAGGGGCGUCAGUAGCCUCGUUGGACUCAAGGAGCAGCUCUCAAUCAAGUACGCCCACGAGUCGGUGAACGUGAUGGUGGUCGUGGUGCUACUGUCUUUCCUGCCGCACGGUCGCCGGACCGAGUCGGUGCUCGACUGGCGCACUGUGUCCGGUCGCAUCCACUGGAGGGCGCUGCUCUCGGUGGGCGGUGGCCUCUCGCUCGCCGGUGCCUUAGAGUUCACGGGUCUGUCGCGGCGCAUCAGCGAGAAGCUGAGCAGUCUGGACUUCCUGAGCCCGCUGCAGACCCAGGUGGUGCUCAUCCUGCUGACCACGCUGCUCGCCGAGGUCAACACCAACGUGGUCAUCGCCAGGUUCCUCAUACCCAUCGCAUCGGACAUUGGCGUGCUGACCAACGUGCACCCGCUGUACUACGCGCUGCCCGUUGCCAUGGCGUCGUGCACGCCCACCGUACUGCCCACGGCGGCGCCUAGCAUCGCCGUCGUCACUUCUGCCAUGGACAUCCAAGUCGUCGACAUCCUGUACCCGGGCCUGGCCGUGAAGCUGAGCGCCAUCAUUCUGGUGCUCGCCACGGUCAACACGGUCGGGGUGUCGCUCUUCUCUCUGAGCGACCUGCCCGCGUGGGCCGUCGCCAAGAACAACCUCAUGACGGGCACGCUCGCUAACGCCAGUGGCGCCCCUUAG